AUGCGAAGGUGGGAAAAAUGGAUAGACAAAGGUAAAGGUGGGUUUACUAAAAAAGGAAAUCUCAAGAGAGCAUCAUACGAAUUGGUUAGAGAAUGGGUAUCUGAAACGUGGAGAGAAUUUAGUCCAAAUCUUUUGGCUAAGUCUUUUGAAGCUGCUGGGCUUAUGCUUAAUCCUGAUGGAAGCGAAGAUGACAAGAUGUCAAGCCGUCUUCAAGCCGUUGUUGCAGACCGUAUGAAUGAAGUAAGUUUUUCCGAGAAAGAAGAUAAUCAGGGUGGUAUAGAUAGUGAAUCAGAUCCUGAUGAUGAUAAUGAAUCGAAUCAAGAUGAUAAUAAUGAAUCAAAUCCAGAUGAUGAACUUGAUACCGAAAAUGUGCUGGAUUGUGAUCCUGAAGAUAUGAUGGACAUUUAUGAUUCCGGAGAUAUGAUAGACAUGGACAUUUAUGAUUAA